GAGGGAGAUAAAUAAAUGAAGGGAAACAUGAGCCAUGGAGCAGAAAUGACCUGCCCCAACCCCAGCAGGAACAAAGGCGCUAAGAUGUCACCGCUUCAGAAGCUGGAGAGCCUGGCUGGGCGGAUCUUCUACUGGGGGCCGCGCAGCGAGGCGGGGGCCCCGGCCGGCAGCGAGACAGCCCAUGUGUCCGAGCACACUGCCGCCUGGAAUGAGCAGAUGAAGGAGUUCCUAGCCAAAGCCAAAGAAGACUUCCUCAAGAAAUGGGAGAGCCCCUCUCAGAACACGGCCAGUUUGGAUCAGUUUGAUCGAAUCAAGACCCUGGGCACGGGCUCAUUUGGGAGGGUGAUGCUGGUGAAGCACAAAGAGACCGGGAAUCACUAUGCCAUGAAGAUCCUGGAUAAACAGAAGGUAGUGAAGUUGAAACAAAUUGAGCACACCCUCAAUGAGAAACGGAUCCUCCAGGCCGUCAACUUUCCAUUCCUUGUCAAGCUCGAGUAUUCUUUCAAGGAUAACUCCAAUCUGUACAUGGUGAUGGAAUAUAUCCUGGGCGGGGAGAUGUUCUCCCACCUACGGCGGAUCGGGAGGUUCAGUGAACCUCACGCCCGGUUCUACGCUGCUCAGAUCGUCCUGACCUUUGAGUAUCUGCACUCGCUGGAUCUCAUCUACCGAGACUUGAAGCCAGAGAAUAUCCUGAUAGACCAGCAGGGCUACGUUGAGGUGGCAGAUUUUGGUUUUGCCAAGCGGGUGAAAGGCCGAACCUGGACUCUGUGUGGGACUCCAGAAUACCUGGCCCCCGAGAUCAUCCUCAGCAAGGGUUAUAACAAGGCUGUGGACUGGUGGGCUCUGGGCGUCCUCAUCUAUGAGAUGGCAGCUGGUUACCCUCCAUUCUUCGCAGACCAGCCCAUUCAGAUCUACGAGAAGAUCGUCUCUGGCAAGGUUCGGUUCCCUUCUCACUUCAGCUCGGACCUGAAGGACCUGCUCCGGAACCUGCUGCAGGUGGACCUCACCAAACGCUUUGGCAACCUCAAGAACGGGGUCAACGACAUCAAGAACCACAAGUGGUUUGCUACCACCGACUGGAUCGCCAUCUACCAGAGGAAGGUGGAAGCUCCCUUUAUACCAAAAUGCAAAGGCCCUGGCGACACGAGUAACUUUGUCGACUACGAGGAAGAGGAGAUCCUUGUCUCGAUCACUGAGAAGUGCGCCAAGGAGUUUGCUGAGUUCUAGGGCCAGCGGCAGCCUCUCCUCCCGCCCCCCACCCCCCGCUUGGGUGGGUGCGCACGGAGCAGGUGGGGGCGGGGUUGGAUUUGAUCAGCAGAAAGACCAGCGUUCCUUGCCUCUGUGUUUUAUUUUUGUAGGAGGGGGAUAGGGAUUUGCCUGGAUCUGGUUUGGGGGGGAGCGGGAGACCCCUUAUUCUAAACCUGUACUAAAUAAAUGACAGUAGAGAAGGGCAAGAGUCUAAUUUCUCCCAUGCGCACCCCUGAUCCUCCCACUUGCACAUGCUUCCCUCACCCCCCGCCAUCACAAGCCUGCAGCCCCCCAUAGCAGCUCUCAUCACCGCCCCCCACCGGGGGUUUAAACAGACCCCCCCCCCACACACACACUCAGCUCCCACUGGUUACUUUCCACCCCCUCACACUGAUCAAGUUACCCCCCCACCCCCACACUGCCUCUCAGUCCACACGUGCUGCACGCCCACCAUCCUGGCUGGCUUUAUUGGUGGUUUUUAGUUUUUGAAGGGAGGGGCGGGGGGCGUAUUUUGCCAUCAAAUCCCCCCCAGAUCUUCAUGGCUAUUUGCAAAGGCUUCUGGGGGCAGGGUAUGGAGCAAAGAUGCCUCAACACCCACGGUCAGGGCAGAUCAACAUCUUGGCUUCUGGAAUAGCUUUGAAUCCCCCCAUCUCCCAAUGGGGGAGAUAAAAUCCCAGUCCCCCACUGCCACUCUGGAAAGAGGAAGAAGGAGAGAAAUCUUGUCUCAUUUUAUAAACUUGGGGGUAUGGGGGCUGGGCUCUUUUUUUUUAAAUUAAAAAUAAAUAAGUAAAUUAAACCUUAUUUUCCAUUGGGGGACGGGGGGGGGGGGGGAUUUAAAAAUCCAGGCGUGGGGCUGGGCUAACUUAACUAACAUCAGCUCCCACUCUUCCCCUCCCCCCUGUGCCAGGAAUUUAACGCUCCAAGCUUUGAAUGUGUCCAGGUUUUAGCAAGGAAAAAAAGAGAGAGAGAUCUGUUUUUUUCAGGUAGAAACUGACAGUAUUUCCCCACCCCCACUGCUCUCUGCGGGGUGUCUGGUUUGGGGGUAUCUUACACCAGCGGGGGGAGAUCUGGGGGUCGGUUACAGGCUGGAACACAGGUGCUGAGGGAGGGGAUCUCUCUGAUGGGUUUUGGAUUUUUAGCUCCCUUUGGAAAUAAAAUGCUGCCUUUUGAAUCUAGGCUAUGAAUGCGGGCAGCCCCCCACUCCCACCCCUCACCCCUUCUUUGGCCUGUCCUCUUGUGUGUCGGGGUGGGGGGUGCAGGAGGAUCUGGUUCUGGGGCACUUGGUUAUUUUCCCCCAGGUCAGUGGGGGCUUGUACACUCUUCUCCCUCCCUCCCCGCAUAGGCCAAAUGGUGCCCUGCAGAAAUAACCUUAAAGGAUUUUCUGGUGGGGGGCAGGGUUCCCUUUACCCACAAUCCUCCUGGGGCUCCAUUCUGCACCUCCGAUUUUACACUCUCGAUUUUAAGAUGACAAGGCGGGAGGAGAAACCAGAAAAUGGGGGGAGGGGGCAAGGAACACAGGAUCCCAACUAGGCCCUGAUCCGCUCCCCCCCGACUCUGAACUGGCCCCCCCAGGGAGCGAGCCCAUUAGAUCUGUGGUCAGCUUGGAGGGGCAUUAAGCCAUGAUUAGCCCCUCCAAUGAGAGAUCAGCUGGGGGGAGGGGGUGCUGAUACCUAGCCAUGAUCCUGCUUAAUUGGGGGGGAAAGUUCAUGGAGGGGGGGCCUCUUGUUCUGUUCAUUUACUUUUCCUCCUGUCUGACUCUUUACUUAUCCUCCCCGCCCCCAAUGCAGUGCAUCAGUGGGGUGGUUCUGUUCUAACCCCCCCAGCCUGUCUCCCACUGUGUGUGAUCACCAGCUGGUUGAAUUUCUUGUUUCUCUCUGGGGCGAAGGUGUGUGAGCUUCUUUUGAUUUCAUAGAUAAAUUAUAUAUAUUAUAAAUACAUGAGCACUGUCAGGAGCAGAGGGGGGAGCCCAGUGGCUAGCCCUCCCCCCAUCCCCCAAAAUCCCCCUUUCCCACAAAGAAGUUUGAGAGUCCUGUCUAGAGGGUGGGGGUAUCAUCCGCCCUGCCCCGGGAAACACCUCUGUGUCCUCUGACAAAACUUGUUUCACUG